AUGUCUACGCCACCCGUUCCUUUCAAUCGACUCAAGCAGAUUGCUUCCGAUGUCUGCAACAGUGCCAUCGGGAGUGCCGAAUUCUACGACCACGCGAAGACUGAGCAAUGGAACUCAACCAUUAUUAGCUCGAUGCUGAAAGCCGUAAUUUCCGAGUCGACGCCGCAAGGAGCCUCUUCUCCGUCGUUCAAGUUUGCCUGCAACAGCACCAUUGUCCAGCACUUGGUCCCUACCUCGUCAUUGAACAAGCCCCGCGGCGGCACCGAGAUCAAGACGGAGGAGCCUCACAUCUCGACGAGCACAGAGGCGACGGCGACGGACGGCAAGCCCCAUGUCGGCCGACGGGGCAUGCACAGCGCCACGGGCGCCUACUGGGACGAGAAGAAGGACGGCAUGUGGACGUUCAAGUUUGACGGUGGUGAGAGCAAGGGAAUGGAUGUUGUCAUCAUGCUCAUCUGGGUUGCCAUCUAG